AUGAUUGCCUAUACUGUUGGUUGGGGAUGCGCCCUCGACUGUGAGCUCCAUGCUGCCCGAGCGCUGCCCGACCAAGAAGGUGAGCCUUUGGAGCCAGCCUUGCACGAUGGGAAUCUCUAUCUCCUGGGGAGAUUUGAACAACAUAACGUGGUUAUCACCUCAACUAGCGGCUAUGGUACGAAUUCGGCCACUCAGGCCGUUACAAACCUGAUUCGAUCAUUUCCGAAUAUACGCCUUGGCUUAAUGGUGGGUAUUGGUGGAGCAUAUACCUGGCGAGCCGGAUCCCACUCUGGAUCCCUAAGAAAGCCUGACAGACUCUCCGGGACUGGCCGAACCGGCCGGCCAUCCGCCUACGCCCAAGCGGGGCGCCUGUCUUACAACUUGAAAAUCUGGACCCAUCAGGAUUCACAGAACUGCAACAUACAUGCAGCCCUGACGCUUAGGCUUUUGCCCGCAACACUAAUAAUCAAUUAG